AUGUACACCGUCACCUUGCUGACGCUUUCAGGCUCACCCAGCGCGGAGUUCGAGCUGCCGCCGGCCACCUCGGUCGGCGAGAUCUUGCAGAAGGCUCGCGCCACGGCGUCCGACGGCCGCGCGCAGUUGAAGCUGCUACUUCAGGGUCGGGCGCUGCAGGCGAAGGAGACCUUAUGUUCCCUCGGCUUGCCUCCGCCUCCCACUGUGGUGGAGCUGCAGCUUAUCUGCCAGCCGAGGCUCGUCGAGCGCAUCUCUGUACAAACCUCCGAUUACCAGAGGGUAUCUAUCGGUAUCUGCGGGCAGCGGCGGGCGGGAAAGACGUCUCUCAUGAACCAAUACGUCGAUCGAGCCUUCGUCACGGAUGACUUAUUGAGCGUUAUCCCCAUCGAAUUCAAGAUUGCGAACCUACGUGUCGAACGUGAGUCGCUUGCACUAGACGACAUUCAGACACUACUGGACAUGUCUGCGCCCACAACCGUCCUGGAGAGAGUACUGGUGGGCAACAAGGCAGAUGCGUGCGCCCCCGGAAGCAGCGAGGCAGCACAGGCCUUCGCUGCAGAGCGGGCCGUUCCCUACUUCGAGACCUCUGCCAAGGACUAUGAGAGUGUGGAGCCGGCGAUUCACCAGAUUCUGCUUUCCGUACUGGAUAAGCUGGAGCUGAACUUGACGCCCUUGUCCAAGCACGAACUCGUCCCUCCACCACCUCCCCCGCCCAAUCGCUGCACUUUGCAAUGA